AUGGCGACGACCAUGGUCCUCCUGUCGCGAUCGGCUUGUGCUGCGCUCAAACCGCGAACAUGUUUAUCAGCUGCUUCCAGAAGUUUCAGUGCAAGCAGCCAGCGCCUGCAAUCUCCAGACCCCGAGCCCAGGAAGGAUCAAGAUGCAGCAUCCCCCCAGGGAAAGCCGCCUCCCAAGCCUCCUUCAAUGGAGGAUGUCCUAGCCAACACAGAUCCCGAAGACAAUCCCCUCCUCGCUCCUGUCCACAUACCCGAAGAUUCCAAUGCCAUCCUCCGAUCAAGUUAUCCUGCGGCUGGUAUUCUCACUCAAUCUGCCAUCGUCAUUCAGCGGCAACUCGAAAUGAUGAACCUCUUGGUUGGAUUUGAGCAAGCAAAUCGAUAUGUUAUACUCGAUCCUCAGGGAAACCAUAUUGGGUACAUGGCAGAACAUGAUGGUGGCAUCAGCCACACCAUGAGGAGGCAGUUCUUUAAUACACACCGUGCCUUUACCACGCACGUUUUCGAUCGGAACUCGCGCGAGGUCUUGAGAUUUUAUCGCCCAUUUUCGUGGAUCAAUACGCGCAUUCGCGUCUACGAUCCUUGGGAUACACAGUCCAAUUUCGAGACCUCUACAUCUACCAAGUUGGCUCAGAGCAAUGCAGAUUCCACUUUGCCGCCACAGAUAUCACCAGUCCCCCUCGAGAACAUGCGUGUGAUCGGCGAGACUCAAUCCCAAUGGGCGCCCCUGCGCCGCAAAUACGAUUUGUUUCUUUCCCACAACCUUUCUCUGGGUGAUCAAGGUCCUAAAGCCAUGCCAACGAGAAGUGCCGAAGACCUUUCGAAUAUACAAAAAGAGCAGGUCGCAAAACGCAAUCAAUCCGGCUCUUCCACCGACUUUGCCCAGUUUGCUCGGGUGGAUGAACCCUUCCUCUCGUGGGAUUUCUCGCUGCGCGACGAAAACCUUCGUAAGAUCGGAACGGUCAACCGAGAGUUUCGCGGAUUUGGCCGAGAGUUGUUUACUGACACGGGGAGCUAUGUCCUGAGAAUGGACGCUGCUGAGAGUGAAGAUCACUCACCCGGAUCCAUCCAAGAUCAACCUGCCCAUGCAGAUGUCUUAGGAGGGAGCAAGUUCGGCAUGACACUUGAUCAACGAGCGGUGAUGCUGGCUACGGCCGUCACGAUCGACUAUGACUAUUUCUCCCGGCACAGUGGAGGCCAUGGUUUCUUCCCCCUCUGGCUCGGAGGUGGUGGUGGAGACGCAGCUGGCGGUGCAGCCGGAGCCGGAGCGGCGGGAGCUGGCGAGGCCGCUGGUGCUGCGGGAGGUGUGGGCGCUGCUGAGGCUGGUGGUGCCGUUGUUGGGGGAGCUGGUCGAGCUGUUGGAACAGCUUCAGGAGGAGCAGCGGGUAUGGGUGAGGGCGCCAUGGCCGGGGCUGGGACCAUGGCAGGUUAUGAAGCCAUGCAAAGAGGCAUGGGCCGUCGGUCUGAGGGUGCGGUCGAUGAUGCCAGCCCCCAACAACAGCCUCCCGAGCAGCCUUUUGGCCAACCUUAUGAUUCACAGUCUCCACAAAGUGGUUUCAGCGAGCAAGAUCAAGGGCAAGACGUUUGGGGUUCUGCCGAGUCAGACCCGUGGAGUGAAGGACCACAAACGGGUGGUUCAGAAGGUGGCGAAGGAGGCGGCUGGUUGUCGCAAUUGUGGGAUUCGUUCUGGAACAAUUGA